AAGAAAAACUCCCCCUUACUUUUUCUUUGGUCUCUCUUCUACUUCUUCCAAGAAGGAGCCCCCUUCCCUUCCCAUCCCUCCUCUCUCUUUCCUUGCACUGCGGCCGUCCUCCAGCGGCCGCCGCCCUCAAUGUGUAUCACUACCAUUGCCUAAAGGAGGAGGAGAUAGGGAAGAAUGAUGAAGAACAAUAAUAUUAAGGAGAAUGAGCUGCUAACUUUGUCAUCCUCAUCUUCGUCCUUGGAAAGCGAGGGAAAGGAGGAAGAAGGGGAGGUGAUGAUUGAGGAGCCACCACCCACAUGGACUGCUACAAGCAACAUUGUAGGCAGCAUGAUUGGCAACCGCAAGAGGUUGUUAUCAAAGCAAUUAUCUAUGAAAGAGACGACGAGGGAGGCUAAGUGGGAGAAGCGACGAAGGCAGAUAAUGCAAAGGAGGCACAUGAUGGUGUCCACAGAGGAAGAAGAAGAAGAAGAAGAAGACGAAGCAGAAGAAGAAGGCAACAUGGAGGUAGAGCAACAGAGAAACGAUAGGAGGAGCCAAUGCCGAAAGAGUAGGCUGAGUGGACGGGUGAGGAGCCUAACAGAUGAGGACCUCGACGAACUGAGAGGAUCAAUUGAGCUAGGGUUUGGGUUCAACGAGGAGGAUGGAGGUCAGUAUCUAUGUGACACCCUCCCAGCCCUCGACCUUUACUUUGCCGUCAAUCGUCAAUUCUCCGACCCGAAAAUCAGAUACUCUCCGAGCCCCAUCUCCACCCCAACUGCCACCUCUUCAGCCUCGACUCUUUUUGGCACUUCGAGCCCUCAAAGCCCUACUGAGGAGCAACUGCAACAACAACAGCAAUCCUUGCAGGCUGAUAGUUGGAAAAUUUUUAGCCCAGGAGAUAACCCACAGCAUGUAAAGACUAGGCUGAGGCAUUGGGCGCAAGCCGUGGCUUGUUCGGUGAGGCAAUGCUGCUAAUUAGGAGCCUACUCCACAUAUAAUUGAACUUUUGCUGCUGAGGAGAUGAGGCAUGUCUUCUUUUGCCUAUUGCAUAUCCAUAUCGUUCUAUAUGCAUACCCAUCUUACUUUGUAUAUACUCACCUAGCCUCGUUGUUUUUUCCUCCCAUCCCAUUGAGUCACCUAUUUUCUCCCUUUUCUUCUUCUGUGUCCCUUCUAUGUGUUGCUGUCGUCAUCAUCCUCAUUGUCAUCAUCAUCUAAUUCUUCUUUAUUAUGCCUAGCAAUAGUAUAAACUGUGCCUGAAAAAAUGAAUAGGAGGAGGACGUGCCCAUUCCGAAAAUGCAAAGAUUUUAGCUGUUCUACUUAGGAAUGUCUGUAUGGAAUGGAAAGCCAGCAGACGAGAGAGAGAGAGAGAGAGAGAGAGAGAGAGAGAGAAAGAGAUUCAAGGGGCGUCGCAUCAACGCAUCAAUGCCUACAGGUAGUUUCAAAUGGCCAUUGUAUGUCAAGCAAUGUGGCAUUAACAGAAGCAGCAGAAAGUGCGAAGACGGGUACAUUGACAAAAAUAUAUGUUGCAUCCAUAAUGAGGGGUACUAAAUGAUUGUUCUUCAUGUGUUUCCUUUUGUUAUAAUGAUGUAUGAAUCAUACUGCUGGACUUGAUUUGACUAUAGC